GACUCGCCACUACUCUUCCUCUCCUUUUAACCACCGCUCCUCAGUUCUGUUUCUCUCGUCCCCAUCUCUCCCUCUGCCUCUCUUUUCUUUCUUUGGUGAAACCGAAAAAAGAAAAAUAAUCUAAUAAGAACUUUGUUUAUUUCAUUCUGAUUGUUUCAUGGCACUUCAUCAUCAUCAAUUCAUAUAGAAGAACACCAACCUUAUUAAAAGCGAUGAACAAUCUUCAAGAUUGGCCUGAACCAAUUGUUCGUGUUCAAUCCUUAUCAGAAAGCUGCCUAGAUGAAGUUCCUAAUCGAUAUAUCAAGCCACCGCUCGAAAGGCCAAGCAUAAAAUCUUCAUCUUCUUCUUCUUCUUCCGCAAGUGAUGAUGAUGUCAAUAUCCCUAUUGUUGAUCUUGGAGGUCUAUAUGGAAAAGAUGAUACUCUUCGCGCUUCAAUACUUGGCGAAAUUUCCAUAGCCUGUCGCGACUGGGGAUUCUUCCAAGUUAUCAACCAUGGAAUUAAGCCUGAGUUGCUCGACCGAGGUCGCGAAAUAUGGAGAGAAUUCUUUCAUUUGCCGAUGGAGGAGAAGCAAAAAUAUGCAAAUUCUCCAAAGACCUAUGAAGGGUAUGGAAGCAGAUUAGGAGUAGAGAAAGGAGCCAUUCUUGAUUGGAGUGAUUACUACUUUCUUCACUAUCUUCCCUUGCCGUUAAAAGACUAUAAUAAAUGGCCUGCUCUCCCAUCUAAUUGCAGGGAAGUGAUUGAUGAAUAUGGUAGACAAGUUGUGGAGCUCUGUGGAAGGUUGAUGAAGGUAUUAUCAAUAAAUCUUGGUUUAGGAGAGAGACGUCUACAAGAUGCAUUUGGUGGUGAGAAUAUUGGGGCAUGUCUAAGAGGAAAUUUUUAUCCAAAGUGUCCACAACCUGAAUUGACCCUUGGUCUAUCAUCCCAUUCGGACCCUGGUGGCAUGACCCUUCUCUUGCCGGACGAUAAAGUCACCGGUCUUCAAGUCAGGCGAGGAAAUGAUUGGAUUACUGUGAAGCCAGCUCCACAUGCUUUUAUUGUAAAUAUUGGUGAUCAAAUUCAGGUAUUAAGCAAUGCAAUAUAUAGAAGUGUGGAGCAUCGAGUGAUUGUAAAUUCAGCAAAAGAACGUGUCUCACUUGCCUUCUUUUAUAAUCCAAAGGGUGAUAUACCCAUAGAACCAUUGAAGGAGCUUGUGACACCAGAGAGACCUUCAUUAUACCAAGCUAUGACUUUUGAUGAGUACAGACUUUUCAUUAGAACAAGGGGUCCCAAAGGCAAAUCGCAAGUGGAGUCUCUAAAAUCUCCAAGAUGAUGAAGAUAUUAUUUUAAGCUUUUGAUUUUAUUGUAAAUCAAUUGUAAACAAUCCCAUCAUUGCUUAUUAUUUGAGAUAAUUGCAUAUGUAUGUAAUCACGAGGGGAUUUGCCUAUAAGCCAUAAGGUAGGACAAAUAUUGAUAAAAAAAAAAGAAAAAUUAAAAAAAAGAUAAAAGAACAAUAGUUCUAGUUUUUUGUUCUUAUUUAUAUAUGUGUUUUUUUUAAUGUUUAUUCUCUUCUGGAAUUUAGGACCCAAAAAGAUUCUAAUUACGUCCCUUGAUGGGAUGUUA